AUGGGGAAAAAAGCUGCAGGAGAGAAGCCAAAGUCCAGCUUGCCCCCGUGUCCUGGCAGCCCGGCAGGAGCGGGGCUUCCUCUGCCUCUGGGAGAGGGGAGGGCAGGAAAGAAAAAUGCCCAACUCCGUCUGUGCAGGGGAGACCAGGCCGAGCACCGAGUGAGAGCCAAUAGCCACUGGAGUCUGUGCCAGGCUGGGGUCGGUCCGCUCCCUUUCUUUCCUCAGUGGAAGCUGAAACAUUAUGAUGUUAUCGUGGGUGUAUUAUCUGCUCGCCACAAUCACGAGCUACGGAAUGUUAUAAGGAACACUUGGUUCAAGCACCUGAAGCUACGUCCAGCACUGAACCAGCGUGUCCUUGUGAAGUUUAUAAUAGGUGCACAUGGCUGUGAUGUGCCUGUAGAAGACAGAGAAGAUCCUUAUUCCUGCAAACUUCUGAAUAUUAGUAACCCAGUUUUGAAUCAAGAAAUUGAAGCAUUCACUCUACCUGAGGAUACUACCUCUUUGCUGUCUGAAGACAGAAUUGUUAGUGUCAGUUUCAGAGUCCUUUACCCGAUUGUAAUUACCAGUCUGGGGGUAUUCUAUGAAGCUGAUGGUGUAGGAUUCCAGAGGAAUAUCACUGUCAAACUGUACCAGGCAGAACAGGAGGAGGCUCUCUUCAGUGCUCGCUUUAGUCCUCCUAGCUGUGGAGUGCAAGUGAACAGAGUGUGGUACAAACCAGUAGAGCAGUUCAUUUUGCCAGAGAGUUUUGAAGGCACUAUUGUAUGGGAAAGCCAAGACUUGCAGGGCCUUGUUUCUAGAAACCUUCACAAAGUGAUGGUGAAUGACGGAGGGGGUGUGCUCAGAGUCACUGCGGCAGGGGAAGGUUCAUUGCCACAUGAAUUUACAGAAGGUGUGGAGGGAAUAUCAGGAGGCUUUAUCUACACUAUUCAAGAAGGUGAUGCUCUCUUAAAAAACCUUCAUACUCGCCCUGAAAGGUUUGAAAGCCACUUGAAAAACCUGGAAGAAGAGGAUGCCUUGUUGAAAGAAGAAAGCAGAAUCUAUGAUGAUAUUGUAUUUGUAGACGUGGUUGACACAUACAGAAAUGUUCCAGCCAAACUGCUGAACUUCUACAGGUGGACAGUAGAAUCAACAAGUUUUGAUUUGUUGUUGAAGACAGAUGAUGACUGCUACAUUGAUUUGGAAGCUGUGUUUAACAGGAUAAUGCACAAAAAAUUGGACAGGCCAAAUAUUUGGUGGGGAAAUUUCAGGCUGAAUUGGGCAGUUGACCGAACUGGGAAGUGGCAAGAAUUGGAGUAUCCAAGUCCAGCUUAUCCAGCCUUUGCUUGUGGGUCUGGUUAUGUUAUCUCCAAAGACAUUGUUCAGUGGCUGGCAAGUAACUCUGAAAGGCUAAAGACCUACCAGGGUGAAGAUGUGAGCAUGGGCAUUUGGAUGGCAGCAAUAGGGCCUAAGCGAUAUCAGGACAGUCUCUGGUUGUGUGAGAAGACAUGCGAGUCUGGCAUGCUGUCUUCCCCUCAGUAUUCUCCACAGGAACUAACAGAGCUCUGGAGGGUGAAGGAACUGUGCGGAGAUCCUUGUAGAUGCGAGGAAAGAUGACAGAGCGGAGGCCAGGCAACGGCCAGGUUUUAGGAGUUACCUAAUCAGGAAUAUUUAAGGUGGUGAAUGGUGGGAAUUCCACCUGCACUGUAUUUGCACAUCCCUUUUGAUAACUAAUUGACUGAUACCGUCCACAUUAACAUUUUCUAUAGGGUAGGUGUUGGUCUGAGAAAAACCAAAAUGUUUAAGAUAAGCAAUUUCUUUUUUAUUAAGUCAAAGAACUUCUUGCAAUGAAUAAAUGAUAAAUGCACACAGCAGAAUGCCAACUAACUUAUUUUUUAAAUUAAAGCACUACUGACUUAACUCUGGGCUGGAAUACUGCCUGAAGCCUGGAUCUAAGUAAGGUCUGAGCCUAUGUGUGCAGUCUUACACUUGCUCAGUCUCCCUGAAGUCCAGGUUCUAGGCCAGUAUAUUUGUUUGCAGAAUUAAUGUAAUUUGUUAAUCAAGACAGCAGCAAUGUGAGCUUGGGAUAGCUGGGUUCAGGGUUUCUCUGGUGUGUGUUUUAUACUUAGUUUAAUCGUUUGGAUGAGAUGAUGCCAGGUAUCAAAGUUUGCUUAUACCAAAUCUUGAACUACUGCAGAUAUAGCCAGUUUCAAAAGGGAAUUCUGAUGGCUCUGUACACACUUGAAAGGGUACACACUUGAAAGUACAGCAGGUUCAAGCAAUUUACCAGUAUAGACACUACCUUUUAACUUGUAAAGUCCUACAACAUGCUAACAAGAUAUUUUUAAUAAAUUUUCAAAUUCAGCAGUCUGGGCUAACGGCACUAUCCAUUUUUCUUACUGAUUAAGUAGAAUACAGGCUUAUGUCUGUCAGCCUGUAAUCUUAAAUAUUCUACAAAGCAUUGGAGAUGCUGUGUUUAUGUCCUCUGCUUUCAAGGUCUUUAGAAGUGAAGGAGACAAAGUGAUGUAAGUGGCCUUUUCCAGUACAACAUUAGUUCUGUUAGCAGCUUGAUGCUUGCACCUAUUGUAAGUGAAAAUACGAUUCUGGAUUCCAUAUUAUUUUCUGUAAUAAAUGUACUGUUCUCUCCGCACCACUGCAACACGAACUUAGGGGAAAACCCCUAUUCCACAACCAUUUAGGCUGCCAAUUUAAGGAACCAGCAAAAUUCUGCUCCUCUGAUAUGCUAAACAAUUCACUGAAAAACCAAACCACAGUGAGUUGCUAAUCUCAUUUAUUGAGAUACUAGUAGCGCAGGGGCCAGGAGUUUCUUUCAAAACAGUUCCAUCCCUCUGUACAAAAUCCAUGUUUUUCCACACAAAUACAUGCAGGCACAAGUUGUAGAGUGAUUCUGUUCAGGUAGUCCCUGGCUUCUCUAAUGAAGUUGCACAGUCCUUUUUUAGUCCAUUACAAAUUUAUAUUACCACCGUACUAACAUGCAGUCUCCAUUUUCUAUCGAGUAAAAUUGCAAGGACU